AGACACUCAUGCAGAACCUCAAACGAGUCAACUCAGCCCGAAACUCUGCAAGUUAGAGUGAGAAACUGUAGAGCAGGAAGGUUCCCAUGGAAACUUUCUCCUCGACCGUUGCUUCCCGCUAUUUCUCCCUCCCCAAAAUUUCAAUCUCAAAUCCCAACACCUUAUUUCCUUCUUCUCCUUCCCUUUCUUCUGCUUGGACCCAUUCCACCCGCACUGUCUCUUCCUUUUAUGGAAACUCAUUCUCCAAAGAGGUGUGGAAGGUGAUAAAUGUUAAAAAAUGGCCGAAUUCCCGAAGAGAAACGAGGAGUUUGAUCAGAGCUGAAAUGUUCGGGCAGCUCACCACCGGGCUUGAAGCCGCCUGGAACAAGCUUAGAGGGGAAGAGGUGUUGUCCAAGGAAAACAUUAUUGAACCUAUGAGAGACAUUAGGAGGGCUCUACUUGAGGCAGAUGUGAGUCUUCCGGUUGUGAGAAGGUUUGUUCAAUCUGUUAGUGAUCAAGCUGUUGGCACCGGCUUGAUUAGAGGAGUGAGACCAGAUCAGCAAAUGGUCAAGAUUGUGCAUGAUGAGCUUGUGAAACUGAUGGGGGGAGAGGUUUCCGAGCUAGUUUUUGCAAAAUCUGGCCCCACUGUCAUUCUAUUAGCCGGUCUACAAGGUGUUGGAAAGACCACUGUCACUGCAAAACUGGGUUUAUAUCUUAAGAAGCUGGGGAAGAAUUGCAUGCUAAUUGCCGGAGAUGUGUAUAGGCCUGCUGCAAUUGACCAACUUGUUAUUCUUGGUGAACAGGUUGGUGUUCCUGUUUAUACAGCUGGCUGGGACACUAAACCUGCAGAGAUAGCUAAACAAGGUUUAGUGGAAGCAAAAAGGAAGAACAUAGAUGUGGUCAUAAUGGAUACAGCUGGAAGACUUCAGAUUGAUAAGGCGAUGAUGGAUGAGCUGAAAGAAGUGAAACAAGUACUUAACCCCACAGAGGUUUUGCUCGUUGUGGAUGCAAUGACUGGCCAAGAAGCAGCUGCACUUGUCACGACUUUCAAUCUUGAAAUUGGAAUAACCGGGGCCAUUUUAUCAAAACUUGAUGGGGAUUCAAGAGGGGGAUCAGCAUUGAGUGUAAAAGAGGUUUCAGGAAAGCCAAUCAAACUUGUGGGAAGGGGGGAGCGGAUGGAGGACCUUGAACCUUUCUACCCUGAUCGCAUGGCUGGUCGUAUCUUAGGGAUGGGCGACGUUUUGUCUUUAGUUGAAAAGGCCCAAGAAGUUAUGCGCCAAGAAGUUGCGGAAGAUUUGCAGAAGAAGAUUAUGAGUGCCAAAUUUGAUUUCAAUGACUUCCUGAAGCAGACACGCAUGGUUGCACGGAUGGGUUCCAUGUCUCGUGUUAUUGGAAUGGUUCCAGGCAUGGCAAAGGUAACUCCUGCCCAAAUCCGAGAUGCAGAGAAGAGCUUGAAAGAAGUGGAAUCAAUGAUUGAAGCAAUGAGCCCAGAGGAGAGGGAGCAGCCAGAGCUGUUGGCAGAAGAUCCGGAAAGGAGAAAACGUGUUGCUCAAGAAUCAGGAAAAAAAGAGGAGCAGGUGGCGCAACUCGUCGCUCAGCUUUUCCAAAUGCGGGUGCGCAUGAGGAAUUUGAUGGGUAUGAUGGAGGGAGGGUCCAUUCCUGCACUAACCAGUCUUGAAGAAUCUGCGAGACCGCAAUCGAAGGUUCCUCCUGGAACUGCAAGAAGGAAGAGGAGAUAGUGUAUUUUUCUUAGCCUUUCAGUCACUCAAUUUAUGUAUUUCUAGUUAAUUUUAGAUGUCAUUUGAAUUGUGAAAAUGUCAAAGCUAUAAUCCUUAACAUUUUAGCUAGGUACACAACAAUAUGUAGACUAUUUGAUGCAUAAUAAUCACAAGAAAUAACAUGCUUAUUU